UAUUUGAAGAAAUUGGAAUUUAGCAAAAUUGCAAAUUGAACAAUGCACUGUCUAAUACAUGUUUCGAACUAGAGUUAGAUACAGGUCAAGAACAGCGCCUGAGCGUGCUUCAUGACAUGGAUCAUUGCUCAUGCAACCGGUUACGUACCUGUAUUGCCAAGACAAGUUUAUUUAUAUGUCAUAAUGAUAUAUCAAGCCAACUGUGAAGUUGAACAAAAAUCCAUUACAACAGUUAGCACAGGCACAAGAAGCGGCAAGAAACGAGGCCAGGCGAGCGAAGGAGGAACAGGACCGUGCAGAAAGGGAAAGGAGAAAUGCUGACGAAGCAAGGAAACAAGCAUCUGAAAGUGCAUCAAGUUGCUGAAGAACGAGCACAAAAGGAAAGCCGUAGAGCGAAAGAGGAGAAAGAACUUGCAGAACAAGAAAGGAAGGCUGCUGCUAAAGCAAAGGAAGAAGCAGCUACAAGCACAAUAAGAGCUGAACAAGCUGAAGAACAAGCCCAAAAGGAAAGCCGUAGAGCGAAAGAGGAGAAAGAACUUGCAGAACAAGAAAGGAAGGCUGCUGCUAAAGCAAAGGGAGAAGCAGCUACAAGCACAAUAAGAGCUGAACAAGCUGAAGAACAAGCCCAAAAGGAAAGCCGUAGAGCGAAAGAGGAGAAAGAACUUGCAGAACAAGAAAGGAAGGCUGCUGCUAAAGCAAAGGGAGAAGCAGCCACAAGCACAAGAAGAGCUGAACAAGCUGAAGAACCAAAUCGAAAACCAAAGAGCGAAGGAGGUGCAGACAAUUGCGGACAAAGAGAGAGACAGCAGAAGAGGCAAGAGCGCAUGCAGAAAAAGAAGCCCGAAUAUCAGAGGAAUGAGACAAAAGAAGGAGUCUGCUGAGCAAGAAAAGCAACGUCUUCUGGAUGAGAAAGAUGAAAAGAAGAGGAGAGAUUUAAUACAAUUUGCAUGGGGUCCAAAGAAGACAGAACGAGGAAGAUGGACAUCACAGGCGGUUGAACAUCUUCGCAACCAAUUUCUUGAACACAUGUAUGACAAGGAAGGGAAGCUGAUACGUGGGAAGAUCUUGAUAUUUGGUCCUACCGGUGCUGGAAAGUCCUCCUUCUGUAAUGGCCUGAGAUCAGCACUGAAGGAUUCUGCCAACUACUAUGCCGUUGGUAAUCUUGUCGAGUCACUUACUAGCAACUUCCACUCUACACAAUAUGGUGACCACUGGAUUAUUGACAUGCCAGGAAUAUUUGAAUCUAAUGAUUCAAAAAACGGAGAAUAUUGAAGCUAUUGUAUCCGGCAGGGUUCGCUUUGAUGCCCAGAUUAUAAAACGUCUUGAUGUGACAGGCAACCUGCAAGAGGCACGAAGGGACGUGUCAUGUGUUGUGCUGGUUCUCCACCAUGGCAUCACUGUGGGUGAUGAAUUGAAACGUCAGAUAGAUGCUGUCAUACGAUUGGGGGGAGAUGGCGCUCUGUCCUACCACCUGGUGCUGACUCACCUGGAUGAGUGUGACCCACAGUUCAAGGACCCAGAUAACAUCCCCAACCUGUACAAUUCUCCUCUAGUACAGGAA